AUGGUCGGCGAUCAACCGUCGAUUGCACCUCCAAAAAAGCCAAAAACAUUUGCAAGUUUCUUCCAAAAACUCUCGGCACCAGAGGCAGUCCAAAGCUCGCUCAUCAAACAGGUAAAAUUCAUCAAUGGUACUCCAACAUUGGAGUAUGAGGAUGAUGAGUUUGAAAAGCUCAUUGCUCCGCAUCGCUUGAGCCUUGUAGGGAAGUUUUUGUAUGGUUGCCCUAAGAUGGAGGAAAUACAUAAGGAGUUCAAGAAGAUUGGAUUCAAUGGUGACUACACAUUGGGUCUCAUGAACCCUAGACAUAUUCUAAUCCGAAUUGAGGAGGAAGAUGAUUAUCAAAGGUGUUGGAUUAGAACAUUUUGGAACAUUGCGGGCUUCUCUAUGCGUAUUUUGAAGUGGACACUGGGAUUUCGAUUUGAGGAAGAUCCACCUGUAGUCCCGAUUUGGGUAUCAUUAUACGAUUGGCAGGUUGAAUUUAUGCACCCGGAAGUUAUCUUCUCCAUGGCAUCCGCAAUUGGUCAGUCAUUGAAGGUUGAUACACUAACCUUGAAUAUGACGCGGCCAUCGGUGGCGCGUUUUUGCGUAGAAGUUGAUCUUAUGAAGGACCUCCCAAAGUCAGUGAGGAUUGGAAAGAAAGGUCGGAAGCACGAGCAGAUUUUUACAUAUGAACAUGUGCCAUCAUAUUGCUCCAAAUGUAGCAAGAUUGGACACAAAUCGGUUGACUGUAAAGUUGGGAAACCACUGCCGCAAUUGAAAGAAAUUGAGAAGGAAAACGUUCCGAACACGAAGAAAAAAGGCGUCAAGUUGCAGCAGCCUAAAGUCACUAGGGGCUCCAAACACAAGAAGGAUAUCCCAGAGCUUGAUGUGGAGAUUCUGAAAAGGCAGUCACUCACUGUUAGGGCAAUAGCGAAGCCUGCUAAUGAGUCGCAGUGGCAAACCCUAGCUGCGUUACCAGAGACGCGCGCUGGGGAAUCGACUUCUGGUCUAUCCGAGAAGGAGAAGAGUGAGGUUCCUGUUGAUGUCUCAGACAGUCCUACCUUGGUACCUCGAGAUCAUGUUGUGGAAGCAGCUAUUCAGCAAGGAAAAGACAGCAAUCAAGGUGAAGAUGUUCAUCUGUUACAAUCUGUUGCACAGGUUAAUGUUAGCGGAAACACGACUAGUAGCUCUCCUCCUAUGGCGGAGGAAGCUCCUAUUUUGGAAACUUCUAAUCGUUAUGCUGCUCUAGAGGAAGUCUCAAUUGAAGUUGUUGAUGAGGAAGUAGUGAAGGUGGCAGAUGUAUUUGAGGAAGAUGCUAUGCUAUCACAUGAAAUUCAGAAUAUCUCUGAGUUAGUUGAAGCCCCGCGUGAUGAACCUUUGUUGGCUACCACAAGUCCUCUUGAUGUGGGAACCUGUUUGAACGAUGGAGUGUGGGGAAUGUCAGCUGAUGAUGAUGAUCGGGCCAACAUUGAUAGAGGAAGUUGGUCUGAUGGCAAUGCAGAAACUGAUCAUGUACUAGAGCCGGUGCAAGGGGAAGGCUCAAUACAUAAGAAGCAUGGCCGGAAAUCAAAAAAGGAAAAAGUGCAGCUACUUGAUGGCUUUAUGCCAAGGCAGUCCUCGAGGGCGCAAUAA